AUGAGGGUGGCGGUGGGCACGCUCUGGCUCCUGGCUCUCUGGGGGGCCCGCCUGGCCCCCGGCUUCUGCCCCUCUCAGUGCAGCUGCAGCCUCCACAUCCUGGGAGACGGCAGCAAGACCAGGAUGGUGCUGUGCAACGACCCGGACAUGACCCUGCCGCCCGCUUCCGUGCCCCCGGACACCUCCAGACUGCGCCUGGAGCGGACGGCCAUCCGCAGGGUGCCCGGGGAGGCCUUCCGGCCGCUGGGCCGCCUGGAGCAGCUGUGGCUGCCCUACAACGCGCUCAGCGACCUCAGCGGCCUGAUGCUGCGCGGCCUGCGGCGCCUGCGCGAGCUGCGCCUGCCCGGGAACCAGCUGGCCACGUUCCCCUGGGCGGCGCUCAAGGACGCCCCCCAGCUGCGGCUGCUGGACCUGCAGGCCAACCGCCUGGUGGCCGUGCCGGCCGACGCCGCGCGCUUCCUGGGAAACCUCACCUUCCUGGACCUCUCCAGCAACCAGCUGCUGAGGCUCCCCCAGGAGCUGCUCGCCACCUGGACGCACCUGCAGACCGGACCCUUCCAUCCAGGUCGCAGAGCCAGGCUGGUCCUAGGACUACAGGACAAUCCUUGGUUGUGUGACUGCCAACUCUAUGACCUGGUCCAUUUUCUGGGAGGUUGGAGCCCAAACCUGACCUUCAUUGAGAAGAGGCUGAGGUGUGCCAGUCCACGUAGCUUGGCAGGAGUGGCCUUUAGCCAGCUGGAACUGAGGAAGUGCCAGAGCCCGGAGCUUCGUCCAGGGGUGGUCAGUCUCAGGUCCCCUCUGGGAAGUGCAGUGCUGCUGCGCUGUGGGGCCACAGGGGUUCCUGGACCCGAGAUGAGCUGGAGGAGGGCCAGCGGGCACCCACUCAAUGGCUCAGUGUACCAGGAAGUCUCCAGUGACGGCACGAGUUGGACAUUGUUGGAUCUGCCUGCUGUGUCCCAGCUGGAUGCUGGUGGUUAUAUCUGCCAGGCCAAGAACUUCCUAGGAACUUCUGAGACACUUAUCUCUCUGGUUGUCACUGAGCCACAGACUUCCACAGAACACAGUGGGGGCCCAGGGCCUCUGUGGGCAAGGACAGGUGAAGGGGAGAAUGCUGCUGCUUACAACAAGCUGGUGGCCAGACAUGUCCCCCACCUACCGGAGUCUCCUGCCAUGGCCCUUGAGUCCUCUGUGUCCCACACAAAGGAGGAGGAGCUGGCCCUACAGCCUUUACAGAUGGGUGCCCCAGGGGGGCACUUGGAUGGACAGGCCAGACCCCAGGAAGCCCAGAUGGUGAGGUCUCUUAAGGUGGUGGGGGACACUUACCAGAGUGUGACGCUGGUGUGGCGGUCCCCCCAAGGAGGAAAUACAACUGCCUUCAGUGUCCUCUACACCAUCUAUGGGCAGCGUGACAUGCAGCAGAUAAUCGUGCAACCUGGGAAAACCAGUGUUACCAUCCACGGGCUGUCCCCCAAGAUUAAGUAUGUGGCAUGCGUCUGUGUGCAGGGCCUCAUGCCCCGGAAGGAGCAGUGUGUCAUCUUCUCCACGGACGAGGUGGUGGACGCGGAAGCCACCCAGUGGCUCAUCAAUAUAGUGGUGGUCAGUGUGGCCGCUGUCAUCGCCCUGCCCCCCACACUGCUUGUCUGCUGUGGAGCUCUGCAGAGACGCUGUCGCAAAUGCCGCCAUGCCACCGGCUCCCCAGAGGCCACAGGCACCUACCUCAACCUGGAGAGGUUGGGCCACAGUGAGGAUGGCUCUGAAGGUCUCUCUCGGCACAGUCUCAGUGAGGCCGACAGGCUCCUCUCAGCCCGUUCCAGCCUGGACUCUCAGGCCUUGGGGGCCCAGGGAGGCAGAUGGAUGAAUGAGUACUUCUGCUGA